GGGGGUGAUAUAGUUUUGUUAAAGUGGUUGAAUUUACACUGGGAGAGCGAUUCAGAUUUGUUUUUUCAUUUAUUUUGGCUGAUUCUUAUCUGGGUUGAAACUCUGAGAAGAAGAAGAGAAAAAAGCAGCAUCUAGCAAAAAGAGAAGCAAAGAUGGGGAGAUCGUGCUUUCCAAAAUGUAGAUUGGGAAGAAUAAUGGGUUGGCUUCAGAUUGUGCUUGGAGGUCUUGUUAUAAUUGUAAGCCUAUCGAGUCUCUUCAAGUUUUACUCAGCUGGAUUUUUCAUGCACAAUGAAGAUAUAUGCCGCCAUUUUAAUGGUGCCACGGAGGUAUAUGAUGGGUUUGAUAUUAGGGCAUUGAAUGAUAGAGUUGGGGAAGUACUAAAUCGGAUGGAAAGCCUGCAAGUUAAGCUUGAAAAAACUGUGCAACAAAUGGAGAAGGAGAAAGAUUUGGCUAAAACGAGUGUUACCAAAUUGGUGUACAAGAAGUUUUUGGAGGAGGAAGUGAUUAGGCCUCUUUAUGCUGCUCAUAUUUCUCUUAGACAGAUUCGGCUACCUAAGGCUGAAGGGAUUAGAAACUCAACAAUGAAAGAGGAGCCUUUGAUUAAUACUUUUGUGAUAGAGGAGAUUCGGAAGUAUAUAACCCCGAAAGAAAACAGAGUUGGGAAGGUUAAUAUAUAUGGAACAGAGAGGAUAUACAACACAAUCGGCCAUGUGUGUGUAUUGAUGAAGAAAGAAUUGGAAGAAUACAUGGAUUAUGACAUUGGAUCUUAUUGUAAAGAUGAUUGGAACGUUGCUCAAAAGCUCAUGGUUAAUGGAUGUGAUCCUUUGCCUCGAAGACGGUGCUUGACAAGGGCUUCUAAGGUCUACCAAAAGCCAUAUCCCAUCAAUGAAUCUCUAUGGAAACUGCCAGAUGGUAGAAAUGUAAGGUGGAGCAAUUAUCAGUGCAGGAACUUUGAGUGUUUGUCAAGCAAGAAUCCUAAACGGGGUUAUUCAAAGUGUACAGGAUGCUUUGAAAUGGACAAGGAGAAGCUUAAAUGGGUCAACAACAGCUCACUUCCUGUAGAUUUCCUGAUCAGCGAUGUUUUGGGAGUCAAGCCUGGGGAGAUAAGAAUUGGUCUGGACUUCGGUGUUGGCACAGGGACUUUCGCUGCCAGGAUGAGAGAAAAAAAUGUAACAAUUGUCUCAACUGCCUUGAACCUUGGGGCUCCAUUCAGCGAGAUGAUUGCACUUAGAGGUUUGAUUCCUCUUUAUGCAACAUUGAAUCAACGCCUUCCAUUCUUCGACAACACAAUGGACUUAAUUCAUACAACUGGAUUCAUGGAUGGCUGGAUUGAUUUAUUGUUAAUGGAUUACAUCCUAUUCGAUUGGGACCGAAUAUUAAGGCCAGGAGGAUUGUUAUGGAUAGACAGGUUCUUUUGCACUAGAAAGGAUCUGGAUGAUUAUAUGUAUAUGUUUCUUCAGUUUAGAUACAAGAAACACAAGUGGGCUAUUGCUCCUAAAUCCAAGGAUGAAGUCUACCUUUCAGCAUUGUUGGAGAAACCUCCAAGAGCAAUCUGAUCAUAGUAUGUUUUGUUUUUUCUUUUUCCUUUCAUUGAUCAAAAGUUAUUGACUCGUAUAACUUGCUCAGAACACUGAGAAUGCAUCUUUGUAAGAAUAGUACUGCUGGAAAAUUGUCCUCUUAAUUUUAACUCUAAAUCUGUCAAUCUUUCUUUGCAUAACGACCCUGUCAUCUUACUCAAUAAGAAUAAUAUUAUACUUCUG